GUGAAAAAUCUUCAGGCCCAACUAGAAGAUGAACAAGAAGUCAGGCAUAAACUUAUCAAGCAGAAUCAUAUUCUGGAAGCCCAACUUCAGGAACUGAGCGAACAACCACCACAGCAUGAUCCAGAAGUGGAGAGGAAACUGAGAAGAGAUCUGAAAAGAGUUAAAGCUCUUCUCAGAGAUGCUCAGACCAGCGUAGAAACUGAAAGCGGAGUAAACAAUAGCAGGGUGCUGAUAAGACAACUAAAAAACGAGGUUGAAGAUGCAGAACUUUACAAGAUGGCAGCUAUUAAAGCACAGCAGAAUGCGGAGAUAGAGUUGCAAGAGGUUCAAAACCAGAUGGAAGAAAUAGCACGUGGAAAGAAGGAAGCUGAGACUCGCUGUUUGCAACUUACUCGGGAGAAGGCAUCUCUUCACAGUCACUUGGAGGAAUUAGAGGAAGAAUUGACAGAAGUAAUAAAAAAGUACAAAGCAACAGUAGAAUCAAUGUCAAACGAUCGUAGAAACCUCAACGAACAAACUUUACACAUCUCUGAUCUAGAGACAGAAAAUCGAAUUUUAAAGGAAAAGAUGACUGAACUACAGAACAAAAUUUCUCAACUAACCAGCCAAACUCAGGAUCUUCAGGAAACAAAAAAUCUCGAGAUAACCGUUCAAGAGUUAGAAUCUCGACUGCAGCUUGAGGACACAACAAAGAAACGUUUGGAGAAACAAGUUGUAAAACUUGAAGAAGAACUUGAAAAUCAGAAAGAACAUCAUGAAAUGUUAAAGAACAAGGCUAAGCAGGCAGAAGAAACUCAGCGGCGGCUUCAGCGACAGAUUGUAGAAAUGCAGAAAGAAAAUGGCACUUUGCAGCAGAAGGAAUCUGAAUCAGUCCGGAGGUGUUGCAUUUUAGAGAAUGAGCUGGAGAGUGCUGAAACGUCCAUAGCAGCUACGAAGAAUGACCUCAGAAUGGCUUAUCAAAGAAUACAGGACCUACAAAAAGCAUUACAGGAAGAUUUGGAGCCUGAUUCGGAGACUGGGAAUGAAAGUGAUUCCGACAAAGAACCCUUUGAACCAAGGCUAAGUAUCUUUAGAAGAUCGGCAUCUCUUCAGGGUAUUAGAACAGAAUUUCCUCUAAUGUAUGAAGACAGAUCACUUUCUCCCGAUUUUUACUCUCCUUCAAUAAGCCAUCUAGACAACUUGUAGCAUUUGAGGUGGACUUGCAAGAUCUAAUGUUCCUUCUUUGGACAACAGGUGCUAUUCUGGAACAUCUUUAGAUGAACUGCAUCUAUUUUUGUAACAAGCUCUUCCUCCUAUAAAAAUUAAAGAAAUUUCUGCUACAUUUCUCACAUGACAAAUUGUGGAAAACACAAUAUUAUAUUUUAACUCACACCUUUAUCAUUCAUUACUUUGUUAAAGAUGAUACCUAACAGAUUGCACAUUGAUGUAGGAGAAUAAGCAGUGAUCUCUUCUGUACACAAAAAUGACCAAUUUAGGUUAUAAAUUAUUUACAGAAUUAAUGUAAUUAGACAUCCAUAAAGUACCUUGAAGUCUAAUUAGAAUAUAUGCAUAUGUAUAUGUGUGCCUAUGGAGAUAAUUGAAGGUAGUUCAAAAAAGGUGGCCUGGUAAUUUGCAAAUGUUCCGAGUUUAUAAUAGGUAUUCUGAUUGUAAAGAUGCUACAAUUAUUUAUUUGUUUACAUAAAUUAAAAUCUGCAAUCAGUGUACUUGACUAUCUUUUCUGGAUGAUCUAUAAUUGAAUUCAAAAUAAGCUAUUUAUUAAUAAAAAUGCACUAAAAACGUUUAUUUUGUACACCUAACCAACUACAUACACACACUCACUAUUAUGGAAACCCCAAGGGAAUAAAUGAGUCUGUUCACAUGAUAUAGUGUAAACACUUGUCUAACAUGGUGAAGAAAGGUAGAUUUAUGAUACUCAAUAAAGCAGCACAUGAAUUUAGACCCCAAGAUAACUAAAGUCUAGAAGUCCAUAAUGUAACUAUCCUUUAAAAAAAAAGCUGAAUAUUUCACCAGUUUAUUAUUGAGAGUAUAAUUUCUGAUUAACUUAGCAAGGCUGUUUUUAAAGACCAUUUCUUUUAGGUUUAAAAACUGCUACUACAAGACAUUGUACAAAAUUACAUAAAACAAUAGACUAUUGAAAACCACUACUUGUCAAGUAACCAAAAUUACAUUUUACAUUGUCGAAUUGACUAUUUUUUUCUUCAGACUUUUGGUACUAGUAAAGAGAAGUAAACUUUUGGGUAAAUGUUAUGUAAGAUUAAUUGUUUGUAGAGCUUAGACCUGAAUCAGAAAUAGCUUGAUGGGAUGAUGUAGAAGAUAAGUUUAUGUAAACAAAUGUCUAGGUGUUUUUAUGAUAAGGAGAGUUAUA